AUGGGUUUAGUAUUAUCAAUGUGUAAACAGAGAAAACGGAAUAGUAUUCAUGACAUGGUUUCGAAAACUCCUGCCGAAACGAAGAUUUCAGCGAUCACUAAGCCAGCGAUACCGUCAACCGAGAUUACACAAUGUUCGGCAAUCACUCGCGAACCCAUCAAGACGUAUGGAUUUCCUUAUCCUUAUUAUAUCCCAUAUCAUCAACAGAUGCUAAAUUUCUCACACUUUCCACGUGUCUCAACGCCUGUCUGUGUACCCUUCAACGAAACAUACGCCAUCAACAAUGAAUAUUCUUCUAAUCCAUACGUUGCUCAAGCGUACAAUUGCAGGGAGGCAUUUAUUAUACCUUCAACUCUGAGUACAGUUCAGUCUCGAGAAACAUCUAUUUCUGAUAACACUUCAACUGAACACAGCGAUGAAUAUCGAACAAUAACACAUGUAAAAUCCGAGCAAUUAUUUGAAACGAAUCACGACGAUCAAACUCGUUUAAUCAAAAAGUCUGCCUCAACACCGAUUGAUAUGUUUCUAAUCGAUAUUUCUAAUGAACACGUUCUUGUUGGUCAACCGGUCUCCAUGAACAUUCGUCAUUUGCUUCUAGAUACAUUACAAAACCAUUAUGCCUCCUCUUCGACACCAAUCCGUAUUGAACCAUCUUCAGUGGCGACCUAUGCUCACGAGAAUCUCCUCAAUUAUAUUCCACACGUUUGUGAACGAUAUCCAAACCUAACAAUUCGAUCUGAUCAACAAACAAAGAAUACACUUCAUAUUCGUUUACCAUCUGAAUUUUCGCGUUCACUCAAUAAUUCGACGUAA